CUCACAAAUAAAUGGAUUCUCACAUGCUAGAUGCUACUAUGCUGCUGCCUGCUGGUGAAGAGAAAAGAAGAGGAAGACAGGAGCUCUGUUGGGUCUCGCCUUUCGGGAUGGAGAGAAGGGAAGAGGAGGCUGCUGGAGGCGGAGGCGGCGGCGGGGAGAGCUACUGGGGCCGGCGGGGAGAGCUGCUCGGGCCGGCGGGGAGAGCUGCUGGGGCCGGCGGGGAGGGCUGCUGGCGGCUGCUCAGAGGAAGAAGAGAGGGAGGGAGGCUGCUCGAGGCGGCGGCGGGGAGCGCAGCUGGUGCCGGCGGGGAGCGCAGCUAGUGCCGGCGGGGAGGGAUGCUGGCGGCUGCUCACUGCUCAGAGGAAGACGAGAGUCGAAAGGGAUGGAGGCAGGCAGGCAGGUCUCGAAUUUUUUAGGGUUGUUGGGUUGCUGCGGGCUGCGGCAGAGAGUGAAAGGAAUUGAGUAUUGACAACUCAAUCCGCCAAAACCCUUCACCUUUAGUGCACCGCGUUUUACUCUUUUUUUUUUUUUUUUUAUAAUCGGUAUUACGGUAUACCGAUAUACCGUCGGUAUCUACCGACUCCUAUCCGGUAUUACCGAAUGUAAAAUAACGCCCUCGAAUACCGAUACCGACGGUAUUCGGUAUACCGGAUACCGAUACCGGUUUACCGAUUACCACCCCUAACAAAAACGGUGAAUAUUUCACCAUUUAAAAAAACGGUGAAGUAUUCACCGUUUUCCUCUAAAACGGUGCACCAAUAGCGAGUCAAUCACCGUUUUAUUCAAACGCGGUGAAGUUUAAACCGUUGUUGUAGGCCACGAUGAAGCGACACGGAUCGCUGACGUGGACAAACGCGGUGUAUUCAACGCGUUAGACAAACACGGUGAAUACCACGUGUUUGUUUGCGUCAGCGAUCCGCGUCGCUGACCCACUCACCGUGGCUGUUGGAUGCGGUGAGGCGCGGAUCGUGGUUUUCUUCCCAGAUCCGACGCCUCAUAGCACGCCACGUGGCUCGAUCCGCGUCUGUCGCCGAUUUUGAAAAGGGCGAUGCAUUCACCGCCUUUAAGGGAUGCGGUGAAUGCUCCCCAUCAAUUUGCGCAGAUCCCUCCCUCCUUCCCUAUAAAUAGAACCCCCCCCCCCCCCCUCCAAAUCACACCACCACUUUUACAAUCCUUUCUCCCUCAAUCUAUCCUCUCUAGUCUCGUUCUAAGUAUGCUUUGUGGUUGCGGAUAAAUCCGAUCUUCCACAUCAGAAAAAAUUACUAGAGUUUGACCCUAAAGCCCCCGUCCCUUACAAACCCGAACUCGUCAAACCUCUGUCCGACUUCUGCCAAAAAAUGGACGAAGAGGCUCUUCGUGUAGGUUUUUUUUGUGUUUUUAUUUUUUGUGUUUUUAGUUUGACCCUAAGGCUCUUCGUGUAGGUUUUUUUUUGGUGAUAUCUUCACCGUUUUAGUUUAAAGCGGUGAAUAUAUCACCGUUUUUUUAAAUGGUGAAAUAUUCACCGUGUUUGUCAAACGCGGUGAUAAUCUUCACUGCGUUUGUCAAAAACGGUGAAUUCCAAACAUGUGUAGUUUUGAAUUUUUUUUUAUAACUUAUGUAUUUUGGAAUUUUUUUUAAGAACAUGUGUACAGUGGGAUUUUUUCCCCACAAACAUAAAGAAGAUUAGUUGUUUAAGGAAGAUAUAUUGCUUAGUAUAUUAAAUAUAUCUGAAAAAUUAAUUAUAUGGGUACCCAUGGGACGGAUAUACCUAAAACCAAACCCAACCUGUGAAUAGUGUAGCAGGUUUAAACCCGAACCCGACUCAAAACCAGUCAACACGGGUUUUACCAAUGUUGACAGGGUAGGGUACCCAUAGAUUCGGGUUUUGCUGCCAUCCCUACUCCGAUGGACGGCUUAGACAAACUGCAAGCUCAAGCACCAACGCAAAGGGGAGAAAAGCUAUUGGCUACCCACUUAAGGUGCAUGAUUUGGGCUAGCAUAUUUGAAAACGUGGCCCUGGCUAUCCUUUGAAUGCGGAUCCACUUGAGCUGCCCUUCGCAUAGGGUGGCUAUACGAACUGGUCCAGUUAAACUGGCACGGAUUGAUUCUGUAGCGGUUCGAUCUUUUUUAAAAUAUGAGGAUUAAAAUUUUAAAAUUGGAUAUAGUCUGAUUUUGAACCGAUCUCGAUCCGAUUUUAACACUAAAAUCAGAAAUCUUACUUCCCCCUAAAAAGCGCAAGUUUUUUUGCUCUCUCUCUCCCUGACCCCUCCCUUACCGACUCUCUAUCCUCCCUCACAUUCACUUUCUCUCUUUAUUUGUUCUCUCUAUCUCUCUACUCCCUGCAAGCGAGCUCCCUCCCACCGCCGUCUCUCAUCUCCCUUAUAGAAAUUGAAAAGGCAAAACUAUAAUUGCUCUCUGCUCCUCCCUCUCGUUUUUCCUUCCCUUUUCUCCUCACCAAACACGAUCAGCGCAUCCUCUUCGUCACCACCAGACAACCGCUGCUUGCCCACACGUUGUAUCGCCCAUAGCCGUCCCAUGAUAUUUGGACGCCCUGUUCGAAAGUUUAACAUGUGGCUCCUAAUUUUUUUCUCAAUAAAUUUAUUAAAAAUAAAAUUUAUUGAAUAAUUAUAAAUUACAUAAGUUCAGAAAAUGAUUUCAAAAUGAGUAAACAAUCUCACUUCCUGUUUGACCAAGAAACCAAGACCAAAUUCUCACUCCUAGCAGGGAGGGAGAAAAGUAAAUCUGGAGAGAACAGAAAAUGGAUAUAGAGCAAAAAUUGAAUGGAGAAAUGAAAAUAAUAUAAAUUGAUCGAGAUGUGGGUGCGGGUCUAUCUAAUGGAUAGUGUAGGCCCUAUUCCAAAAUUGAGACAUGAUCCAAAUUGACUUUUAACUAUGAUAAAACUAAAAUGAUUAUAAUACCAUUAUUUAAAAUGUAAUAUCUUUUUUUAUUGUUUAAAUUAAAAUUAUCUAUUAUCUCUCUGAUUUUCGUAUUCUCCAUGAGAUCUUUUUCAAUUGUUAUUAUAGCUAAAAUUAUAUAUAAAAUUCGUCAUCAUAUUCAUAAUCUAUCAAUCAUACACUAAAAAAACAAACUGCAAUUUUCGAUCGGUAACUAACGAAUCUAAGUGGAGGCCCCUAAUAUUCGGAGGCCCUGUGCCGGAGGGCGGGGCCGGCACACCCUCUUGGCCGGCCCUGGUAUCACCGGUCGUUGCCACGAGAACAAGCCGUGACUCCCCAAAUUGUCGCCCGUCGCCUCAAUCAAAGGAUUGCGCCGCCACUUCCGCUGCAUCGCCCAGCGUCACCGUCGAUCCGUCACGGCCUCUGGCGGAUCUAUCUCCGUUAGUCGGUCUCUGGUUCUAGUUCUCGUCUGUUCUACAACCGUCGUCUCUUAUCUACCUUCUCGCGCCGCGAUCGUCGGGAUGGAGAUCCGCCACCGCCAUCGUUGCCGCCUUUGCCUCACAUGCAUCUCUCUCCUCUGUUUGUGUUCGUUUUUUUAUGUCAUAGUCGGAUGAAAUAAUAGACAGCGUGUUUACAAUAGUAGGUAAAAUAAACGGCAGUCUGAUACUAACCGAAAUGCCAAUGAAAGAGCCAUUUUUGUUACUAAAUGAGCAGUUCUGUUAGUUCUUACGAAUAAAGUGACAAAACACCAAAAAUCAUAAAAAGAAUAUAGCUUCCGCCGGAUCACCGCACCGCCUUAAGCUCUCCUCAGUAUGACAUAUCCAGGAACUGAUCGAGACAAUUGUAAUGGCCCACUACGCCAAAAGCCCAGACGAGAGGAACUUUCGCUUGUCCUGCAAAACAAAAUACAGACAGGCAUGUGCCACACAAGCCCUAUAAAAAUGGCCAAAAGCUGCUAGAGACGGGUGUCCUGCCCACACCCUCUAAUAUUUGCAUAUCUGCAUCUUCACGAUUACCCUGCAAAACAACAAAAUAGUCUAUGUCCAGGAGAUAAAAAAAAAAAAAAACAACAAGUGAAACCUUAAUCGUUAAUCCACCAGUUGAGGCGCCAACUCAAAAGUUUCUAGUUAUGCGAGCCUUUUGCCCACAUCCUCUAAUGUUUGUGUUCGUUUUGUUUCGUCAGGAAGAAGAGGAAGUGAUAAAUUAUUCUCGACACGACCAAGAGUGAUAAAUUCUUUUAUGAGCUUGUCAUUCCGGAUUUUAACCUUUCGGAUCGUGAUUUAAAAAAAAAAAAAAAAAAGAAUGGAGAGUUGGCCCUUUUAGGGUUGGAGUCACAUUUUGGGUUUGGAGGCGGAGGAAUUUUGGGCUCACUUGUGGCUUGACUAGGCUGAGUUUAGCUUUGUUGGGUUGGAUCCGGUCUUUAAUGCAAUUUGUUUGGGUAGGUUUUUUCCCAUUUAAGAAAUGUUUUGAUCAUUGCAUCAUUUUUAUUUCAUACCCUUUGAAAAGCACAAAAUAUGAACAAUAUGACAAGGAAGCAGGCCAGAGUGAUCACCAGAUUUUAUUCCAGUUAGCUAUUUUAGUUAGUUAACCCGUCUCAAUUCGUGUUUGAUGUUGGCGCGAAUAUGAGUAUUGAGGUACUCGUCUCGCCCUUAUUGUCAUCACUACAUUUAACAAAGCAAUAACGCCUACACUAAAUGAGAAGAAGAAGUAGUGAAGCCUCUGUGUCAUUCUCACUACCAAACAAUUGCAUGUGCAUUGAACGUGAAUAGAAAUAUUGGACAAGACACACUUCCAUUAGUUCAUUAACAACCUCUAUACCAAACUAUGUACGAACCCUCUUCCCCCAUCAACCAACUCCCUUAUCAUCUACUUUCCGUUUCUUGUCAUUUUCUACGUUCUUCAAAUGACAAUACAACAAUAAAUGGAAUCAUUUGAAAUUGAUACACUUGUCUCAAUUAUGUUAUCCUUUGGUCACGAGCUUGCCUACCAAUUAUCAUAUGAUGGGUUGGCCACAUAAAAAAAAACAAUUGUGGAACAUCCAUCCCCCCGCGAUUGCCUAUAUAGCUCCCUCUACAACUGCUUUGUUCUCUCCAGCCAAGUAUCCAUAACAAACAGCUCCAUCCCUACUCAACCACUUUGUUCCCUCCACCCAAGUAUCCAUAACAAACAACUUCCUCCACCCAAGUAUCCAUAACAAAAAAAUAAAGGAACU